AUGCCAUCCUCGGGUCAUACAGCUCAGCUUGGACUUUGGCGCGAAAUCGUUUCGAAACGUCACCCGGAGACUGAGCCAGUGGAUCAACAUCUCGGUUUCAUUCGAAAGCGGUUUGAUGAACUUGACUCGGGAGGAUUUGUUUGGUCCAAGAAGUCGAUUCUUGAUAUCUUCCUUCAAAUCGGUAUCUCAGACAGCCCACGUGGUCCUAUCUCAUCCGUCCGCAGGAAACUCAAAUCACCCGCCUAUCAACAGUUUGAACUUCCAUCGGAUGAAGUCGAAAAAGCCAUUCAAGACAAGGAAUUGAAAACUGCAUCUCGUCCCCGAGGCCUCGUGGAUUUACCCAAUGAGGUCAUUGAAAAUAUAAUUAAAAUUCUCGAUUGCAUGGCUCAGUUCGAAGCUAAGGAUGUUGGAGAAAAAAAGGAGAGCGCCAUGGUGAACAUCUGUGGUCUAGAUGAAGAAGAGGGAUACUGGACCUACUUACAUCGAAACCCACCAGUGUUGAAUAGCAUUCAAGCCUUUGCACUCAUUUCGCGUGAAAUACAUCAAUUAUGUCGACCAUGGCUUUGGCGAAAACUAGAGUUUCCUUCUUCCCUUCCUGCACCAAUGGAUCUUUGGACCGAAGAUAUUCUAAUCAGACAAGGCUUUUAUGUCCGAGCUCUAUCAAUUUCACUCUCCUCAAACUGCAGUAAACCUCCUGGUGAAUAUAACGAGUAUCCACCCCUCUACGAUAAUCUCGUUUGUAAAGAGUCUCAUGAUGACAUCGAGGAACAGAUCUCUCCAGAGAAUGUAAGGGCGCUGUUGGAUCGGUGCCCUAACCUAUCUACACUAAAGAUUUCGUAUGAAUGCGCUGAAGAUAAUGAAGACGAGGGCGGAACAACAGCUUUUCUAUUGGAUUUAAUUCCAUUACUAACAAGUCUCAAACACCUUCGAAAAUUCACGUUGAACGAUGUACACGACCAGAUAACUUUGAAUGAUUUCCCGUUAAAACUUGUUUGUGCUCUACCUUUGCUUGAGUCGCUCACAUGGCGUGGACUUUCAGAUCAACGAAACCUUGGGGAUGGUUCUUUUGGAUUUAAUCUGUCUAAGCUCAAAUUCUUAUCACAAUUACAUUUAGCAAGAGUUGACAAUGUAGAUGAAAGUUGGUGCCUUCAUGAUUGGCCAAAGACAAUUACUGAUCUUUCAUUUUGGGAUUGUGGCGGUGUAUCACCAAGUUCAGCCCAUCGGAUCGUCCAUCACAUUGCACCUUGCGUAACAAAGCUUCAGCUGCGCUCUUCCAAUAUAUUCGGCCAUGAUACAUGGGCCAUUGAUUCCAACUGGUAUCCUCAACUUCGUUUCUCUCUUCCAUUACUGGCUGAUUUGGAGAUAUGUGCCCGGAGCACUCAGUCACUCAACAGCUUUCGAGACUGCAAUUCCAUAAGCUGUCUUCGUUGGCCUUUUUGGUCAUCAGACCAUUGUCGGUCACUUAAAAGUACUCUCCUUCAAGGUCCUUGGCCUCAGCUCAAGAAGGUGGUUUCAAAACGGCAACUUUGGCACGAACUUCCAAACUACGAUUUUCAACCUGAAGUGCUUGAGGACAUAUUAAUUUCAUUGGAGGAGCAUUGUGCACAAGCCAAUAUCAAAGCCAUCAUAGACCGGCCUUAUCCGCCAGCAAGAAGAUGA